CUGACACGUGACCGGAGACGAGCAGCUUGGCGCUCACAGAUCCCGGCUGAAUGGUUCAGGUGGACUGUAGAGGAUUCCGGCUCAACUUGAUCGUGCUUUGCUGAGCCUUGCUGAGCUUUUACCGGGUUUUCGGGAAGUUCUAGACUUCCACCGGUUCUCCUCCAGAGCUGACUGUUUUUAUUUAAGACUGGAUGAAGUCUAGAUGACUGAAUGUGACUGGAGAAAGUGAAGGACAGUGGAGGAUCUCCACUAUUCAGUUCUAGGUGACUGAAAGGGGACUGGUUCAGAUAAAUGGAUCCAAAACGCAAAUACAGACCCUUAGUCAGAAGAGUGCAGAACCAUGGCUGUUCCACAGGAUCCAUCAGUGUUUCUAUGAAGAGUGACAUGUCCAAUCGGUCACCCCCAUACUUCAGUAACGAACAUGGACCAUCAGACCCAAAAAUUCAUAACCACAGAUCUUCCCAAGGAUCCAGCAGUCUUUCUAUGAAGAGUGACUUAUCCAAAGAUGCUCCUCCAGACUUUAGUAUCGACCAGGAACCAUCAGAACAAAAAUUUAGGAAGAGAACUGGUGUCUGUGAUGAAAAGGCACUUUUGUGUUUUAGUUUUUGUCAGGAGGUCACAAAAGAUCUUGUCAAAGCCAACUGUGGACACUGGAACCAGUCUGCUGCAUCAGGACCCAUCUCCUGUGUCCAGUGUGGAAAACGACCCAGAACCAACUUUUUACAAGAUGAUGGUCUGCAGGAGGUUUUAGAGGAACACAAGAUCAGUCUGAGGAGGAGAUGUGAAUGUGUGACUGAAGGAAGUGAUGAAACAGGAAGUAGAACCCUCCUCAACAAGAUCUACACUGAUCUCUACAUCACAGAGGGAUGGAGUGAAGAGGUUAAUACCCAACAUGAGGUGAAGCAGCUGGAGAGAGCUUCCAAGAUCCAGAACCUCCAUGCCUCUCCAAUCAGGUGCCAUGACAUCUUCAAUUCCUUCCCUGACCAUCAUGGAGCCAUCAGAGUGGUUCUGACCAACGGCGUCGCUGGUGUUGGAAAAACCUUCUCGGUGCAGAAGUUCACUCUGGACUGGGCCAAGGGCUUGGAGAACCAAGAUGUCAGUGUGGUGGUCCUGCUGUCGUUCAGGGAGCUGAACCUGAUCAGAGAUCAGCAGCACAGUCUUCUCUCGCUUCUCCAUGUUUUCCAUCCAACACUCCAGAAGCUCCCAGCAGAGCAGCUGGCUGUCUGCAAACUGCUCUUCAUCUUCGAUGGCCUGGAUGAAAGCAGACUUUCACUGGACUUCCACAGCAGUCAGUUGGUUUGUGAUGUCACACAGAAGUCAUCAGUCAACGUUCUGCUGACAAACCUCAUCAAGGGGAACCUGCUUCCCUCGGCUCUCAUCUGGAUAACUACCAGACCUGCAGCGGCCAAUCAGAUCCCUCCUUCAUGUGUUUCCAGGGCAACAGAAGUACGAGGSUUCACCGAYGCCCAGAAGGAGGAGUACUUCAGGAGGAGGUUCAGUGAUGAAAAGCUUUCCAGCAGAAUCAUCUCCCACAUCCAGACCUCCAGGAGCCUCCACAUUAUGUGUGGAAUCCCAGUCUUCUGCUGGAUCACUGCUACAGUUUUGGAGAACAUGUUGCCCUCAGAGCAGAUAGGAGAGCUGCCCAAGACCAUGACUGACAUGUACUCACACUUCCUGCUGGUCCAGACAAAGAGGAAGAAGAAUAAGUACCCUGGAGGACAUGCAAGGACCUCACAGGAACUGAUGAAGGCUGAUAAGGAAGUUCUUCUGAAGCUGGGGAGGCUGGCGUUUGAACAUCUGGAGAAAGGAAACAUCAUGUUCUACCAAGAAGACCUGGAGCAGUGUGGUCUGGAUGUCACAGAGGCCUCAGUGUACUCAGGAGUUUGUACAGAGAUCUUCAAAAGAGAGAGUGUGAUCUUCCAGAAACCAGUUUACUGCUUUGUUCACCUGAGCAUCCAGGAGUUUCUGGCUGCAGUUUACUGUUACACCCAAAGGAACACUGAGUUGCUAAGAAGCUUUCUGGGAAUAAACAAAUCCAAAUCUCUGGAUGACUUCCUGAACCAAAUCAUGGUGAAAUCCCUCAGCAGUAUAAAUGGCCACCUGGACCUGUUUGUUCGCUUCCUACAUGGCCUCACUGUGGAAUCAAACCAGAACCUUCUAGGAUCCCUGGUGGGUCAGAGAAAGACUGGUCCAACAACUCAUCAGAAAAUCAUAAAAAAUUUGAAGAAAAUGAACACUGAUAGAAUCUCCCCUGACAGAAGCAUCAACAUCUUCCAUUGUCUGGUGGAGAUGAAUGACCUCUCAGUUUAUCAGGAGAUCCAAAAGUUUCUGAAAUCCAAGAAGAAAUCAGAGAAGAAGCUCUCAGAGAUCCAGUGUUCAGCUCUGGCCUACAUGCUACAGAUGUCAGAGAAGAUUAUGGAUGAGUUGGACCUUAAAAAGUAUAAUACAACAAACGAGGGGCGUCUGAGACUGAUUCCAGCUGUAAGGAACUGCAGAAAGGCUCGAUUUGCCAGAUGUGAAUUAUCAGACACCCAUUGUGAGGUUGUAUCUUCAUCUUUGAGGGCCAACCCCUCUCAUCUGACUGAACUAGACCUGAGUUGCAACAAACUGGGAGACUGUGGAGUGAAGCUUCUGUGUGAUGGGCUGGAGAGUUCAAACUGUAAGCUAGAAAUCUUGAGAUUGGCAGACUGCAGUUUGUCUGAGACCAGUUGUGUUUCUCUGGUCUCGACUAUGAAUUCCAGCCCCUCCUAUCUGACAGAAUUGGAUAUAAGUAAGAACAAACUAACUGAUGAUGUUGUGAAGAAGCUUUGCAAUUUCCUGAAGAACACUACCUACAAGACUCUUAGAUUGUGGGGCUGCAGUUUGUCAGAGCGCAGCUGCACUCUUCUCGGUUCAGCUCUAAAGUCGAACCCAUCACACCUGACAGAACUGGAUCUGAGCCAGAACAAAGACCUGGGAAACGCUGGAGCGGAUGAGCUGUUUGGCUUUCUAAAGAGUCCACUGUGUAAACUAAGCAUAUUAAAAUUGAGGGGCUGCAGUUUGUCAGAGAUCAGCUGUUCUUCUCUGGCCUCAGCUCUGAAGUCCAACCCGUCCCAUCUGACUCAACUGGACCUGAGUGACAACAAAGACCUGAAAGAUUCUGGAGUGAAKGAGCUCUGUGGUUUUCUACAAAUGUCUGUCUGCAAACUACAGACAUUGAAAUUGUGGAGCUGCAGGUUGUCAGAGAUCAGCUGUUCUUCUCUGGCCUCAGCUCUGAAGUCCAACGGCUCCCGUCUGACACUACUAGACCUGAGUGAGAACAACCUGGAGGAUCCAGAUGUUCACCAGCUGAAGGAUCUUGUAAUUACUUUAAAGAAGUGAUCCUUGACAAAGACAGAAGUUGAGGCGUGUCCUGAUGAUCCUCAGAGGCCGAUGCUGCAGCAGUCUGAAAAUAUGAAAAAUGUUAUAUCUGUGGAUUGGUCUGAAAUUAUUGAAGWUAUAGGUGGUGAAAGGGAAAAAAAGUUAAAUUUUCAUUACACUUUCAUAAGAUAAUGAUAAUAACAACACCUACAUCCAACAUAUUCCACUGAGCUGUUUAUUUUUUGUUUACUAAAUAUAGCAUAUAGCUAGUUUAACCUUCAAAAAAUCUGAAAGUAUCAGGAAAAACAGGCAUCAUUUUCUUAUUGUAAUACCUUUAAUGUGAGAGUUCUGAUGAAUUGCUGCUGCCAGGGUUCAAAGAAAAAGGAGAACAGGGAUGGAGAAAGUGGGCCUCCUGCUGUGUCUCUGYAGGAUGAGAUUCUGUGAAAUGAUAUUGUUGGUAGUAACAGUCACUGCUGGUGAUGAAUACAAUAACUUAACCCAGUUAAUAAAAGGAUCUCAAAAUCCAAGCCUUCUUAAUAUUGAAAACAAAAAUAACCAAUUCACUUUAUCAAACACUUUUUCAGCAUCCAAAGUUACAAUGGCCGAGUCGUUUAUUUGUUAAAACCAUUAAGUUCAGCAACCUCCGUAUAUUAUGAGUGUCUAUUUUUAAUGAAACCAGUUUGAACUGGAUGAGUUGAGGAUGAAAUGACUUUCUCAGUUCUGAUUGUUAAUGGCUUGGUGAUAAUUUCAUAUCUGUAUUUAUUAAUGACUGUGGUCGAUAGCUGCAGGUGACCUUAGCAUCUUUGCCACGUUUAGGAAGAAUUGUAUUAGCAGUUGUAUUUAAAUUUGGGGAACAAUAUCAUUUUCUUUUAUUUCUCUUAUUAAUUUGAGAUAUAUUGAAUUCUGAUGGAAAACCGUCCGGUCCUGCUGCUCUGUUGUUUGGCAGAAGGUGAAUUGCAUUGAUUAAUUAUUUUUCUGUUAAUGGAGCUUCAAGCAGACCAACUUGUUCAUCUGUCAAAUGUAGAUCAAUGUUGUUUAAAAAGAGUUAAUUUCUUCUGGGGAAGGAUUAUUUUCUUCGCAAUAUAAUUUGGUAUAAAAAUCUCAAACAUAAUUUAUUUCUUCUGGGUCGGUUUCCCUGCUGAAUCUCUAAUAACAGAAAUAAUAUUUUUCUCUWUGUUUUUCUUCAGUUGAUUGUGAAAGUUGUCUUGUUUAAGUUUCUGUAAUAAAAAAAUUGGCUCUCUUGUU